AGUAACCAGGAAGUGUAGAUCGGUAACUAAGGGACACUAGGUGGUUUAGUAGUUUUCUGCGUAAAAAGAUAAAAAUAACGGCUGAAUUCAACAAGCGUCGAUAAAAGAGGCAGCUACUCCUCAACCGUUAAGGUAAAUACGUGUCAUUUAUCGAGCUAUAACGACUCUAAACUAAGAUACUCGCUGUUAUCGGCUGGAUAUCAGGGGGUGAAACUCUUGACUUGUUUCUUUCCGAGUAAAAACUUAGCAUGUAACAAACAUCAUAUACUGGAUACUUUGUUUAAAUUAAUGCUCUUUAGUGUUAGAAAACCGCUGUUUGGCCAGAUAACUGAAGUGAGGAUUAUAGGUUAAGGUCGUUAAUAAUAAUGAAUAUUUAGGUAUAUGGCUUUGCCGAAUCUCUCGGCCCAUGCACCCAGCCGGUCCCGGGUCCUGGCCAGACAGUUGGUCCGGCAGCGGGAGCAGGAGGCCCGGUGUCGGCAGCAAUGGGACCUGCAUGCUCGAUACUUCAAAGAGCAGACUUUCUGCGGUAAGAAACAGGAGGUGUGGAGCUCCCAACAGUCCUAUAACCAGAGUAUGACAUCAUACCAUAGACAGAGAAUGAAGGAGGAUGACAAAGCCAGGCUGGAGGAGCGCAGAAAUCGUCUCAGGGCCAUGCUUCAAGAGGAGCAACAACAACUGGAGGCGGAGCUCAAGGGUGUGGUUCCUGACAACAGAACAUUGGAGAGACAGUUGGUGCAAAAAACUGACGAACUCCGUACAGCAAGAGAGGAAAGAAGAAAACAGCUUGCACAAGAGCUGUUGAAGGAGCACUGGAAGAAAAACAACUCAGAGUUGCGAGAGGUUGAGUCGACAUUACAUCAAGACCAUGUUGUCGGUCAGUGGCAGGAGCAGAUAUCUGAGAAGAAACAGCAAGAAGAGGCAGAGCAGGAGGAGAAGAGGCACUUUGAAAACGAGUACGAAAGGACCCGGAGGGAGGCUCUGGAGAGGAUGAAGCAGACGGAGGAGAAAAGGAAAGCAGAGGAGCGCACGCGAGCACAGGAACUCUGCAAACAGAUGGAAGAACUGAACCUGAGAGAAAGAGAGGCUGCUCGUUUAAAGAAGGAGCAGGAGGAUCUGUUGUUGCAGCAGUGGGAGCUAGAGAAGAUAGAGGAGGAGAGAAUGAAGGUGGAGGAAAGGCAGCAAAAGUCUGAGAUGGGGAAAUUCCUGAUCCGCCAAUAUCGGACUCAGUUGAAGAGAAGAGCCCAGCAAGUGCAGGAAGAACUGGAGGCGGACCGUAAGAUUCUGGCAGCCUUGGUGGAGGGAGAGGAGGAGGACAGGUGGUUGGAGACGGCACGGAGGGAAAGGGCUGUUGCUGAUGCUGCCUGGAUGAAACAAGUGAUUGAAGAGCAACUUCAGUUAGAGCGAGAACGUGAGGCUGAGUUCGACAUCUUACACAGAGAAGAAGCUCAGCAGGUAUGGGAGAAACGAGAAGCUUUGUGGGAGAAAGAGAGAAAAGCCAGGGAACGACUCAUGCAUGAGGUUCUCGCUGGACGACAGCAGCAGCUAGAGCAGAAGAUGCAGAAGAAUCACGAGGCUCAGGCAGAGUCGCUGAGGAGGCGAGAGGAGUUGAUCCAGGAGCUGGAGCAGGAGAAGGAGAUCAGGCGGCUAGAGAAGGAGCACGAGGAGGGGCGCAAGACAGCACGGAUACAAGAGUUAGAUGCUCAGGUGGCGCAGCAGCGUCAAGAAUAUUGGGAGGAGCAGCGUUGGAAGAAGCAGGAAGAGGAGCAGGAAAGAGAGGCCAUGCAAAUCCAAGAGGAAGAGCUGAGGUCAGAGGUGCAGAGGAUGGCCAAGAAAGGACACCAGGAGAAGAUUCACAGCAGACCUCGAUCCGCCUGGACAUGAGCAUUCUGCAAGAAAACAAACAUAAGUGUUUCUUAAAAACAACUUCCACAUGGCGAUUGCAAAACCUCAUGAGUCAUCAUAGGCUCCAGUUCAACAGAUAACAUUUAAAUUUAAUAGGUUUGAUUCUCGAGAUGUGCCUCUUUUCUCCAGAUAUUUCAAACAAGUGCCAAAUAGAUUUUUUUUAAGCUAGAUAUUAUUGUUUUGACAAUUUCUGCAUAGAGCAUAGAACAGAGAAGAUUCUCAUUGAUGGACGUGUGUAUAAAAAGAAUGUUAAUUAAAUUUGCCUUUUAAUAUAUUUGA